GUCUUCCCUCUCUCUACCUCCCAGAAUCUCUCUUUCUUCCGUGUUUCUUUCCAUUUUCAUUUUUAAUUUCUUUGAUUACAUCGAGAGAGAUUGGCUCUGCUUGUGACCCGUAUUGACGUCACCUAGCAUGAGAGACCUACAGCUGACCCAGGUGGCGGGCACCCGGCAAUCCCCUCUGGCCGUGGUUUACACCGAUGACAUGAUGGAGGAUGUUAGGCUUCUUGAUUCCUGUGAAAGCCGGGACGAUCAUGAUGACGGUUCGCAUGCAAUUGUGAUUGGAGAAGAUGGGUUUAAGAGAAUUCAAGUGAGAGUUACAGGGAUGACUUGUGCUGCUUGUUCCAAUUCUGUUGAAUCAGCAUUGAAGAGUGUUCAUGGGGUUUUCAGAGCUUCUGUUGCUUUGCUUCAAAAUAAAGCUGACGUCGUAUUCGACCCUGCUUUGGUUAAGGACGAUGAUAUCAAGAAUGCAAUUGAGGAUGCAGGUUUUGAAGCAGAGAUUCUAUCUGAACCUAGUACAUUAAAAAAAAAGCCAAAUGGAACCCUUUUGGGGCAAUUCACAAUUGGAGGUAUGACCUGUGCAGCCUGUGUGAACUCUGUUGAAGGUAUUUUGAGAAAUUGUCCUGGUGUCAAAAGGGCUGUGGUGAGUUUGUCUUUAUUUGUUCCACUCUACUGUAUUACAGGUAUUGCUAGGUCUUGGAUAGAAUUAAACCAACAGGAUGUUUUAGCUCGUUUGGUUUACAUUACCAGCCAAAACCAUCACACUUGUGUCUUGUUUUGUAUGCAUAUCCAAGUUCAUUUCUUUCUGGCCACUCUUUUUUCUGUAAGUCCGCAAGAGUUGCUGCUAUUAUGCAUAUGUAUAGAAUGCACUCUGAUGCUCUUACUUCUAUAUUCUUCUUAUCUUAGAUAUUUUUAUGAGUUGCAGGUGGCAAGCAUUUUUGUUCCUACAGUUGUUGGAUUGGCUCUAGUCACAUUGUUUAGCUGGUACAUUAGUGGAAUUUCUGGAGCUUACCCGGAAGAAUGGCUUCCAGAAAAUGGCAAUUACUUUGUUUUUUCCCUCAUGUUUUCGAUUUCAGUGGUGGUGAUUGCAUGUCCAUGUGCACUUGGUCUGGCAACACCAACUGCUGUCAUGGUUGCUACUGGGGUUGGUGCUAACCAUGGUGUGCUGAUAAAAGGAGGAGAUGCUUUGGAAAGGGCUCAGAAGAUUAAGUAUGUGAUAUUGGAUAAAACAGGUACACUAACCCAGGGAAAAGCCACAGUAACUGAUGUAAAAGUUUUCACUGGAAUGGGUCGUGGAGAAUUUCUCAGAUGGGUGGCUUCUGCAGAGGCUAGCAGUGAACAUCCAUUGGCAAAAGCAAUUGUGGAACAUGCACGCCAUUUCCAUUCCUUUGAUGAACCUCCUGCAACCAAUGAUGGCCAAACCCCCAGCAAAGGGUCUACAAUCUCUGGGUGGCUUCUUGAUGUCUCAGACUUCUUGGCUCAUCCUGGAAGUGGUGUGAAGUGCUUCAUAGAUGGAAAACGAAUCUUGGUUGGUAACCGGAAACUGAUGACUGAAAGUGGAAUUGCCAUUCCAGACCAAGUAGAAAAUUUUGUAGUAGAGCUUGAAGAAAGUGCAAAGACAGGUGUCCUUGUUGCAUUUGAUGACAACAUAAUUGGUAUUUUGGGGAUUGCAGAUCCAUUAAAGAGAGAAGCUGCUGUAGUAAUUGAGGGCCUUCUGAAAAUGGGUGUCAAACCAGUCAUGGUGACAGGGGAUAAUUGGAGGACAGCACGCGCAGUUGCUAAGGAGGUGGGCAUUCAAGAUGUUAGGGCUGAAGUAAUGCCAGCUGGCAAAGCCGAUGUUAUCCAGUCUUUUCAAAAGGAUGGAAGCAUAGUAGCAAUGGUGGGUGAUGGCAUCAAUGACUCUCCUGCUCUUGCUGCUGCAGAUGUUGGCAUGGCUAUUGGUGCGGGGACAGAUAUCGCCAUAGAAGCUGCUGACUAUGUCUUGAUGAGGAAUAACUUGGAGGAUGUAAUCACAGCCAUUGAUCUCUCAAGAAAAACCUUUUCUCGCAUUAGAUUGAAUUAUAUUUUUGCCAUGGCUUACAAUGUGAUCGCAAUACCUAUUGCUGCUGGGAUGUUCUUUCCUUCGCUAGGGAUCAUGUUGCCACCAUGGGUAGCCGGUGCUUGCAUGGCUCUUUCAUCUGUAAGUGUUGUAUGCUCGUCUUUACUUCUUAGAAGAUAUAGAAAACCCAGACUUACCACCAUCUUGGAAUUAACUGUAGAUUAGAAGGAGAAAAAAUAAAAACUCUAGGUUUCAUUCAAAUCUGUAGGAAAUAAAUAAUUAAAAAUGUAGAUGAGGUGGAGAACGAAGCAUGAAACUUGCAAUCUUGUAUGUAUUUGUUACUUUCUUUCACAACUUAUACACUGAGUGGCUGCAAUUUUAUCACACCAAAAUGUGAAUGUGAUUGUAUAAUAUGAUCAUUGUUGUGUUUUCUUGU